CUUUUCCGUCUCCAUCCGGCUCGAGCUCUCUCCCUCCCCGAGUCCCCCCCAUCCAAAACCAAAACCCUCACAAAACCCGCACCCGCACCCCCACCUCCGUAUCCAUCUCCUCCAUUCCCCCACCCACCCCCCAUGUCGCAGUAGCUUCCGCCGCCGCCGCCGCCGCCGCCGCGUCGUCCAGCGAUGGCCCUCUCCGCCGCGCUCCGUCUCCCGCUCCCGCGCCUCCUCCUCCUCGGGCCCUCCGCUUCCAUCCUCGGCGCCACCUCCCGCCGCCGCGCUGCCGCUGCCCCCGCGGCCGCUCUCCACUUCCUCUCCGCCUCGUCCCUCAGGUACUCGUCCUCCUCGAGGUCCGUGCGGCCUCUCCGCGCGCGCCGCCGCGACCGCGACGACGAUGGGCGCGCGGCGUCGGCCGGCGGGACCGGGGGCGGGGAGGGGGACGGAGGGGGAGUGGCGGUCAAGGAGCGGGUGGUGCCCGUGGAGCUGCACAAGGAGGCUACGGAGGCGUACAUGGCGUACGCCAUGUCCGUGCUGCUCGGCCGCGCGCUCCCCGACGUCCGCGACGGUCUCAAGCCAGUGCACCGCAGGAUACUCUAUGCCAUGCAUGAGAUGGGUCUUGCGUCUCGUAGGCCAUUCAGAAAAUGUGCCAGAGUUGUUGGUGAGGUACUAGGUAAGUUUCAUCCACAUGGAGAUUCGGCCGUAUAUGAAAGCUUGGUGAGAAUGGCUCAGGAUUUUUCAAUGAGGUACCCACUUGUUCAAGGACAUGGAAACUUUGGCUCAAUAGAUGCGGAUCCUCCUGCUGCAAUGCGAUAUACAGAGUGCCGCUUGGAUUCAUUAACAGAAGCCAUGUUCUUGACUGAUCUGGAGCUGAAUACGGUUGACUUCGUCCCAAACUUUGAUAAUUCACAGAAAGAACCGUCUCUGCUGCCAGCUCGUGUUCCAUCUUUAUUGUUGAAUGGCUCUUCAGGGAUCGCGGUUGGAAUGGCAACAAACAUUCCUCCUCAUAAUCUGGGGGAACUUGUUGACGCACUCUCUGUUAUAAUUGAAAACCCUGAAGCUACACUCCAAGAACUACUAGAAUGCAUGCCUGGUCCUGACUUCCCUACCGGAGGGUUAAUCCUAGGAAAUCAAGGUAUUUUGGAAGCAUAUAAAUCUGGACGUGGCCGAGUCGUUGUGAGAGGCAAGACUGACAUAGAAACAAUUGAUGAGAAAAGCAAGCGCACUGCUAUUAUAAUUAAAGAGAUUCCAUACCAAACAAACAAAGCCACUCUUGUGGAAAGGAUAGCUGAGCUUGUUGAAGACAAGGUAUUAGAAGGCAUAAGUGACAUUCGGGAUGAAAGUGAUCGCUCUGGAAUGCGUGUAGUAAUUGAGCUGAAAAGAAGUGCAGAUCCUGCCAUUGUCCUGAACAACCUGUACCGUCAUACAGCUCUGCAGUCUAGUUUUAGCUGCAACAUGGUCGCGAUACUUGAUGGGCAGCCAAAAUUGAUGGGACUGAAGGAAAUUCUUCAGGCUUUCCUUGACUUCCGAUGUUCUGUUAUUGAAAGGCGUGCAAGAUUUAAGCUUUCACAAGCUCUAGAAAGAAAACACAUUGUGGAGGGCAUUGUUGUUGGUCUUGACAAUUUAGAUGCUGUGAUUCAAAUAAUAAGGGAAACAUCAAAUCAUGCUGCGGCAACAGAAGCUUUAGUCAAGGAAUUUGAUCUAUCGGAGAAGCAAGCUGAAGCUCUGUUGGACAUCACACUUAGGAAACUUACUUCCCUUGAGCGGAAAAAGUAUGUUGAUGAAGCUAAAACUUUGUCAGAGGAGAUUUCUAAGUUAAAUGAGCUUCUGUCAAGCAAGAAGCUUAUCUUUCAGCUUAUACAAGAAGAAGCAGCUGAAUUGAAAAACAAAUUUGCUACACCGCGGCGUUCUUUCAUAGAAGAUUCAAUAAGCAGUGAAGUUGAUGAUAUUGAUAUUAUUCCGAACGAGGAAGUGCUUUUGAUCCUUAGUGAGAAAGGCUAUGUUAAGCGGAUGAACCCCAACACAUUCAAUUUACAACAUCGAGGAACAAUCGGAAAAUCUGUGGGAAAGAUGCGAAUGAAUGACAGCAUGUCUGAUUUCAUUGUCUGCCAGACGCAUGAUCAUGUUCUUUACUUCAGUGACAAGGGAAUAGUAUACUCAGCACGUGCUUAUAAGAUACCGGAAUGCACGAGAAUCGCUGCUGGGACUCCGUUGGUACAGCUGCUAUCUUUGUCCGAUGGCGAGCGGAUAACCUCCAUCAUUCCUGUGAGUGAAUUUGGUGAAGACCAAUAUCUAGUGAUGCUCACCAUUAAUGGCUAUAUCAAGAAAGUUCCUCUUAAUGCUUUUUCAACAAUCAGGUCUACUGGGAUCAUAUCAAUACAGCUGGUUCCUGGUGAUGAGCUCAAGUGGGUCCGUCAUUGUGGGAAUGAUGACUUGGUUGCUUUUGCUUCACAAAUGGGGAUGGUUAUAGUCAACUCAUGCAACAAGCUUCGUGCCCUUGGAAGGAAAACAAGGGGUGUUGUUGCAAUGAAGCUAAGAGAAGAUGAUAAGAUGGCAGCCAUGGAUAUAAUUCCAGCAACAAUGCACAAAAUGCCUGAAAGAUAUAACAGCAGGGUCAGAGAUUUGAGUCCUCCAUGGCUGCUUUUCAUAGCUGAAAAUGGUUUGGGGAAACGUGUGUCCUUAAAUGCAUUCCGACAAGGGAAUUUCAAUAGAGUAGGCUUGCAAGGCUACAAGCUUCCACCAGAUUGUCGCUUAGCUGCUGUAUUUUUUGCUGGUUUUUCACUCACUGAUGAGGGUGAAAGUGACGAGCAGGUUGUCUUAGUUAGCCAGAGUGGUACUGCAAACAGAAUCAAGGUUAAAGAUAUAUCCAUCCAGUCUCGUGCGGCAAGCAGGGGAGUUAUUCUGAUGAGGCUGGAACAUGCCGGAAAGAUCCAGUCAGCUUCACUGAUAUCGGCAGCAGCAGCAGAACAGGUCGUUGAAGAUUAAUCUUGCUCCCAAGAUGCGAGUAGUUUCGUGUGAAUUCAAGCCCUGGUGGUAAAAUCGCAUGCCAGUUGCACAUUGGGUAUGCAUUUUUGACUGGCUUCCUGUGGCCAGUAUGCCUCAGGAAUCCUGCAAACUUCCACACGCCAAGGCAUAGUUAGUAGAUGAUUUGGUGGAUAGAUCUCUAGCUACCAUUAACCUGUCUAGACCCAUAGCGCGAUAAGACUUAAGACAUGUAUUGUACUUGCCUUGAGUGACUGAUGCAAAAUGGCACGCUGGGUUGCAAAAAUUGUCCGUGCCUGCCAUUCCUCUUGGGUUGUGCCUUUCGGCACCAAAAGCUGUGUUGGGUAAUAUUUUUCGAUGAACUGCCCAA